AUGGAAUCUCAGGACGUGGAAUAUUGUUAUCCAUCGCAUAAUACAUCAUGCACUAAGGAUGUGAGAUCCAGAUCUGAAUAUAUUUUUAUGUACAUUAUUUUCUUUUCAUUGUCGGCUCUGACUGUUUUUUUGAAUCUGCUUGUGAUAAUAUCUGUCUCUCACUUUAAGCAGCUCCACACUCCAACCAAUAUGCUUGUCCUCUCCCUGGCUGUGGCAGAUAUGAUUGUUGGAUUGUUCAUUAUGCCAGUAGAUGGCAUCAGACUAAUUGAAACCUGCUGGUAUUUUGGAGAGACAUUUUGUUCCAUUUUUCCACUUGUUGCAACUACAGUGGUGUCAGGCUCUCUUGGAAAUUUGGUCUUUAUAUCUAUAGACCGAUAUAUUGCUGUGAGUGAUCCUUUACUGUAUUCCACGAAAGUGACCAUUAACAGGGUGAUAAUCUGUAUUUCUGUUAUAUGGUUAUAUUCUCUUAUUUAUUCUGUGGCUUUUUUAUUCAAUCAUAUGUUUUACCCAGAGACACGUAAUACCUGCUACGGAGAGUGUCUGUAUGUCUUGAACUUCACUUGGGCUAUUGUUGACCUUAUCCUUUCAUUAAUUUCCCCCUGUUCUGUUGUAAUAUCUUUAUAUUUGAGAAUAUACUGUGUAGCAAAAUAUCAGGCCCAGGUAAUUAACUCCAUAACAACUGGGGUCUCUGUAGGGGAGAAAGGUUUAACCCUACUGAAGUCUGAAAGAAAAGCAGCAAAAACAUUAGGUAUUGUUGUUUUUGUUUAUCUGCUUUGUUGGAUACCAUAUUACAUAAAUGGUCUUUCUCUGGGCAGUGUGACAUCUGAAUCGGUUGUCAUGACAUUUCUAAUGUGGUUGAUGUAUGUGAAUUCAUGUAUGAAUCCACUUAUUUAUGCAUUAUUUUAUCCCUGGUUCAAAAUAUCAACCAAACAUAUUAUAACACUAAGAAUAUUUGAUUCAUCAUCAUCAUACUGCAAUUUAUUUACAGUGCAAAUUUAA